AAAUUUGAUGACUGAGGAGCACUUUUAGCGGGACAAAAGUAUAAAAUAUUCAUUUACGUCUAUAAAAAUUCCGGAUACCGACCAAAAUUUUUUCUAAAAAACAUUUAAGCGAUAGAGAUCUCCAGAACAUCUUGGAAAAUGAUUCUGCGAGCGACUCUGAGGACGAAAUGGGUGAUUUUUUACAUUUUCCUUCAAACACAUACAUCAAUUUAUCUGAAAACGAUCUCAUCAAUCACCAAUUGGAAAGGCUGUUUGAGGGUGGAAUGGAAGAAGAAGGUGAAACCAUUUUCGAGUUCACAGAGGUUGUUUCAGAUGAAAUUGACGAGGUAUCGCAUGUUACUUUUGCUAAUAAUAUGCAUGAACGUAUCGAGGUGUCGGAUAUUGUUUUGUCUAAUCAUAAUAUGCAUGAAAAUAUUGAAGUAAUGGAUGUUGCUUCUGCUUAUUCACUAAACAUGUCUUACACAAGAUCAGAAAGAAAUUAUAGUGAUUGGAAAAUAAAAAAUAGAUUUCAUUCUGUUCCCCAAUUCACAUCCAGGUUUUGUCCGAAAAUAUCAUAUUCACACAAGAACCAGCCUAUUGAUUUCUUCAGUAAUCUUUUUCCUGAUGAUUUGAUAAACAUCAUUGUAACAGAAACCAAUCGCUACGCCAUUCAAGAAAAUAGCAAGAACUAUAUGCCGACUACUCAACGAGAGAUAAAAGCUUUUCUGGGUGUGAUAAUUAUGAUGGGUUUACACCCACUGCCGGAUUUUGAACUAUACUGGUCCACGGAUCGUUUUUAUAAUAAUCCAGAUAUUUCAUCUACUUUUAGCCUAACCAGAUUCAAAAAGAUACUCGAAAAUUUACACGUCAAUGAUAAUACAACAGCCGCACCGCGUGGGUCACCCAAUUUUGAUAAAUUGCACAAACUCAGGCCUUUGAUAGAAAAACUUAACUUCAUAUUCUCACAACAGGCAGAAGAAUCAACUAUUUAUUCCGUGGACAAGUGCAUGGUGAAAUUCAAGGGCAGAUCUUCCAUGAAACAGUACAUGCCUAUGAAGCCUAUAAAACGGGGCUAUAAAGUAUGGGCUCGUUGCGACGCAAAGACUGGAUACUUAUACGCUUUCGAAGUUUAUACGAGUAAAUCCGAUAUAAAAGAUGAAGCUGGGUUAGGUUUCAGUGUCGUCACGAGUUUGUGCAAAAAUCUACCACGUGGCUCAUUGGUAGUGUUUGAUAAUUUUUUCACGAGCUGUAAACUGAUUGAUAUAUUAUAUCAAAAUAAUAUCUAUGCAAUUGGGACCGUCAGAAAAACACGCAAGGGUUUACCAGAGUUCAUGAAAGUGAAACCCAAGCACAAGAAUAAGAAACUUGAGAAACAUCAAUUUUAUGCCAAAAGCUCAAAACCCAUAACAGCUAUAAAAUGGUUGGAUACAAAAGAAGUUUGCGUCUUGUCGUCGGCACAUAAACAAAAUGAAAUUACAAUGGUGAUGAGGACACAGAAAGACGGAACACGAAAAGAAGUUCCCUGCCCAAAAGCGAUUGCCGAUUAUACGUAGCAAAUGGGCGGGGUCGAUCAUUUCGACCACUUUCGGUCGUCAUAUGCAACCGGAAGGAAAUCGCGCAAAUUCUGAAUGCGUUUAUUUUUUUUUUUAUGCUUGAUGCUGCUGUAAUAAACGCAUAUAUACUCUAUUUGACAAAGCAUGCACAACGCGAUUCUUCACACAGGGAAUUUAGACUACGACUUGCAAGAGCACUCAUUGGAGAUUUUACGUGUAAAAAACAAAAACAAAUUGUUUUUAAGAACAAGAAAGAUGGAAACUUUGGGGAUCCUGAUGAAAUUCGUCUCCAAAGUGUUGGCAUUCACUUUCCAGAACAACAAGAAACUUACACCCGAUGUAAGUUUUGCUCGACAAAAAAAGAUGCGAAGAGGUCCAACAUGAAGUGUUCUCACUGCGGAGUUACAUUGUGUACGAAUUAAUGUUUCAAAAAGUAUCACAUGGCGCUCAACGAUGAGGAAUAAAUUACUUGUUGGAAAUGUGUGGUUUCAUUUAUUUUAGGAUCUUAAAGAAUUGCUAUAAAGAGAAGAUUUUUUAGACCCAAAAGUGGGUCACUGCGAAUAUGAGGAGAAUAACAACUAUUACUUCCCAAACAGACAAUUGUUAUAUACUUGCCACAUAUUAUGAUCUGUUACCGGACAAUGGCAACAUGUUGACCACCAAAAAAAAAAAAAAACAAAUAUGCAAAUGUAUAUUUCGGGAUAUUUUAGUAUAUUUGUGAUAAUUAUUCAUAUUCAUAUUCAUUUAUUUGCAUACCAUAAUGUGAAUAAGGUGUUACAAUAUACGCUUAAAGCUAAGAUACAUUUAUGGACCCCGUAAGGGCACAAGCAACAUUUGAUAAAUGAAGUUAACAUUUUUUUAAAAUAACAUUUUUGUUUUUAAAUAAAGUUGACAUUUAUCAUCAA